UGCCAGUUAUCUGUUGACGUGUGAGGUUAUGUUGGGUGUUUGUUUUGGAGUGUUUUCCUGGGAAAAUCCACUAGAACCAUGUCAGAAGAGGCAAUUCUGGAAUAUCUGCACAUUGAGCUUGUGAACUAUGUCUUGUCGGACAAGGAAGUGAAGGGAAACGAGAACGAUCUGUCUGACCUGGAGUACAUUGGCUUCACCACCGGCUACCGAUUGAUCGAGCGACUGACCAGAGAGUGGCCGCGAUUCAAGGACGAGUUGGAGACGCUGAAGUUCAUCUGCACGGACUUCUGGUCGUCGAUAUACAAAAAGCAGAUCGACAACCUCCGGACGAAUCACCAGGGCGUGUAUGUGCUGCAGGACAACGCGUUCCGCUUCCUCACGUGCAUCUCGCAGGGCACACAGUAUCUGGAGCACGCGCCCAAGUACGUCGCCUUCACGUGUGGCCUGAUAAGGGGCAGUCUGCUGAACCUGGGCAUCAACAGCACCGUGACGGCGGAAGUGCAAUCAAUGCCCUCCUGCAAGUUCCACAUACAAGUCAACAGAGCCUGA